GCGCGCCGCCUGGUCAUGUCAGGAUGGAGAUCCGGCAGCACGAGUGGCUCUCAGUCCCCCACGAGGGCUUCGAGCAGAUGAGGCUCAAAAGCCGCCCCAAGGAGCCCUCGCCCAGCCUGGCCCGAGCGGGCGCCAACUUCUACAGCAGCGUCAAGCAGCAGGACUACAGCGCCAGCGUCUGGCUCCGCAGGAAAGACAAGCUGGAGCACUCCCAGCAGAAGUGCAUUGUGGUCUUUGCCCUGGUGUGCUGCUUUGCCAUUCUUGUUGCAUUGAUAUUUUCAGCUGUGGACAUCAUGGGAGAAGAUGAAGACGGACUCUCAGAAAAAAAUUGUCAAAAUAAAUGUCGAAUUGCCCUGGUGGAAAAUAUUCCUGAAGGCCUUAACUAUUCAGAAAAUGCACCAUUUCAUUUAUCACUUUUCCACGGCUGGAUGAAUUUACUCAACAUGGCCAAAAAGUCUGUUGACAUAGUGUCCUCCCAUUGGGAUCUCAACCACAGUCAUCCAUCAGCAUGCCAGGGUCAACGUCUUUUUGAAAAGCUGCUCCAACUGACUUCGAAAAACAUUGAAAUCAAGCUAGUGAGUGAUGUAACAGCUGAUUCAAAGGUAUUAGAAGCCUUGAAAUUAAAGGGGGCGGAGGUAACCUACAUGAACAUGACUGCCUAUAACAAGGGCCGGCUGCAGUCCUCCUUCUGGAUUGUGGACAAACAGCAUGUUUACAUCGGCAGUGCCAGUUUGGACUGGCGAUCCCUGGGACAGAUGAAAGAACUCGGUGUCAUCUUCUACAACUGCAGCUGCCUAGUCUUAGAUUUACAAAGGAUAUUCGCUUUGUAUAGUUCAUUAAAAUUCAAGAGCAGAGUGCCUCAGACCUGGUCUAAGAGACUCUAUGGAGUCUAUGAUAAUGAAAAGAAAUUGCAACUUCAGUUGAAUGAAACCAAAUCUCAAGCAUUUGUGUCGAAUUCCCCUAAACUCUUUUGCCCUAAAAAUAGAAGCUUUGACAUAGAUGCCAUCUACAGCGUGAUAGAUGAUGCCAAGCAGUAUGUGUACAUCGCCGUCAUGGACUACCUGCCUAUCUCUAGCACAAGCACCAAAAGGACAUAUUGGCCAGACUUGGAUGGGAAAAUAAGAGAAGCAUUAGUUUUGCGAAGUGUUAAAGUUCGACUUCUCAUAAGCUUCUGGAAGGAAACUGACCCCCUUACAUUUAACUUUAUUUCAUCUCUUAAAGCUAUUUGCACUGAAAUAGUCAACUGCAGUUUGAAAGUUAAAUUUUUCGAUCUGGAAAGAGAAAAUGCUUGUGCCACAAAAGAACAAAAGAAUAACACCUUUCCUAAAUUAAAUCGCAACAAGUACAUGGUGACAGAUGGUGCAGCUUAUAUCGGAAAUUUCGACUGGGUAGGGAAUGAUUUUACCCAGAAUGCUGGCACAGGCCUUGUCAUCAACCAAGCAGAUGUGAGGAACAACAGGAGCAUCAUUAAACAACUUAAAGACGUGUUUGAGAGGGACUGGUAUUCACCUUAUGCCAGAACCUUGCAGCCAAUGAAACAGCCAAACUGUUCAAGCCUAUUCAAACUCAAAGCACCAUCAGACAAAACUGCCACAGACAUUAGUGGGAAGGAUCCAGCAAAUGUAUAAAUGGCUGAGCAAAUUGAUAGGACUGACUGUAUUUCAUAUUUAUAUAAAAAGGACUUGAGGAGAGAAAAUGAUUUAAUAUGUCUUUUUUAGGGGAAAAAAAGCACACUUAUAAUAAAUACUCUCUGAAUGACAUGUAAUAUCUAAUAAUAUCUUAGUGGUGUGUACACUAAAUUUAAGACUUUUGUAUAUGUUACUUCUGACAGAGAAUGUCAUUUUAGCUUAGAAGUUAGUUUUUAUGUUUACAUACAAAUUUUACAAUUUUAUGCUUCUUCUUUCUCAUUUUAGAACUCUUUCCGCUGACCCACCUGGUCAGUUAUUAGGCAGCUUAGCAUGAGGUAAGCUCUUUAACACCAUUCUGAGAACUGCUGACUUAGAGAGAACAGUGAGGAUUCUGCCCUACAGAAGAGACUGAUCAAUUCAAGUAUUUAUCCUUGUAAACCAUUUCCAAAACAUAUUCAGUCAUUUAAGCAUGAACAACAACUUAUCUCUUAUGACAGUUGUCAAGACUCUUGAAAAAUAUCAUUUCUUGUCUCCUGCUAUUUUCUUCUAGUACUAUAAUUUUUUAUCAGUUUCUCUUUCCACAAAAGUCCUUAUUAUGUAAAGUCCCUAAAAUCACCGACAAUUAGUUCUAAGUAAUAAUGUCUCUUGAAAAUGUAAGAAUUCCUCAGAAUGGAUACAAAAUGGAAAAUAGCAGUCUUCAAUUUUCACCUUUAAACUUCAUUUUGCCUAUCAAAUUGAUAUUUUAAAACCACAACCAGCAAUAGAUGUCCCUUCUUUCAAACUCAAAAAAUAUUAUGUAGCCACAUGCUAAAAUUCAGCAAGCUAUUAGGUCUGCAUAAUGAAAAUACAGUAGUUUUCACAUAUUUGUUUAGUUUCUGCUACUAUAAAGGACAGAUAUGUAUCAGUGAAUUUUAAUUUCUUUAGAAUCAUUAUGCUGCUAAGAGUUUGCCAGAAAAGUUUAUAAAGCUAUUUAAUAUAACUUCUGCUAUUUAAUAUACCAAAUGCUUUUCAGAGAAAUGCAAUUUAAAUACUGUGCUUCACAUAUUUUACUAAGAAACCAGAAUAUUGAACUAUUGUUCUAUAAUGUCAUUGUGUGUCGUUUUAUAUCUAUACAAUAUUUAACCUUAUAUUAAUGGAGACCAUUGCUACACAAGAGAGAGACAUGGCCUCUUCAGAGCCCGGAGCAGGCAGCCAUCAGAAUGUCCAGUCUGAAGGCUGCUCCUGAUUCUCUCUGGGCCAGAAGAGUCCUACACUCCUUGGUCUGGGGUUUCUAUUGGUAAUGUAGGGACAGAAAUACCUACCUCGUGAAGAUGUUGUUAUGGUAGGAAAUAUUUAUAACUUGUUUUGAAAUCAAAAGAACCUAUAUAAAUGCUAAGCAUUCUGAUGUACAUUCUUUUUCUUGAAAUAAUCUUUGCGCUCUCCUGGCAUAAUCAACACCAGGUUCUCUCUAAGAAUGGAGAAGGGAAAACAUGCACAGCAUCCAGUGACCAAUGUGGAUGAGAAGAGAGCAACACAAAACACUGCUGGAGAUCUGGAUUGUCAUCAUGUCAAUGGAACUUUGUUUUAUUGGGUCACUUUGGCAUAAAUUACAUAAAUUGCAUCAGAGCCAGGAAAAGCAAUCAAUAAUAUAUAUAUAUUUUUAAAAUUUCUACAGACUUGCUAUCUAAUUUACCAGAGUGAUGGAGAAUCCAAUGUAUCUUAACCAGUGGGUUCACGUGGUGUAGAAUGGCUAUUAUUGAUCAUCUAGUGAUCACAUAACUUCCUUUCUUGUUGUUUUCAAGUACUAUAUUACUGGAUAUUUCACCAGGCAGUGAAGAGAGACGUAUUUUGAAGGGUAGGUUUGUUUAUUUUUUUAUGAAUUAUUGGGGAAUUCUUAAUGAAAUGCUACAUCAAUAAUGGUCAGCCCAUAAGAAUUUACAUAUUUCCCAUGCGCCUAAUCCUUGUUUGAGUAGAGAGUUAUCCUGCCCAUCAUCUCAGUAAAUUUAAUUUUGUUGAUAAUUAUUUUAAAUUUAUUUUUUUUUUCAUUUUUGUAUAUCAUUGAUCUUCCUUCAGGUGUCGUCUCUAUAGAUGAUUUUUAAAAAGACAGAAAGCAAAGAUUAGAUGUAGAAACAAACAUACCAAGCUUACUAUGGAGCAAAGAAAAAGAACCUGAAAUGAUAUCUAAAUGGAGAAGAGAUGAUUGCUUCCUGACAGUUCUCAGUGUCUCCUGGAGUAUCUGUCACAGCCAUGGCACAUGUAUAGGCUUGAUUUAAUGGGCCUCUUCACUGCCACUAUGUUUUACAUGUGUUAGGAGAGAACUUUGUCCUUUCUGAGAUGACCAUCAUUGUCAUUUCCCUCUGAGGCUCAUCAGAGUGGUAGCAUCAGGAAACAUGUCUGGGGAUUUCUGCCAUGCACCCACAGCAGAGCUCUAGUUUCUCCAGAAGCCCAUCUCUUCAGGGUCAUCCAGGCGGCAACAGCCAGUUCACUGACUCCAGGAAGCAGUGCUGGUCUUCUGAGCAGCCAGGAAAAUAGUCCUUUUGCAGACAAUGUCAUCAAUGUGCCCUGUCUCCUGAGAGAACUUUUAAUUUUACAGAACUGUCUUUCUCAUUUGGAUGCUUUGUCUACCCCCACAAGAAACAGUUUCCAUUCUUUUACAUUGCACCUGCUAAAUAGACUACUAACUUUCAAUUUCCUCCGUAAACAUCCCAGGAAUUAUUUUUUGAGGGCAAAAAAACAAAAUGAAAACCCUUUAAUUUGAGCUUAUCUGAUGUAUGUUCCCACCAGAAGUUAUGAGGAGUUUUCUAGUAACUCCAUUUUCUCCCCUUAAAUAUUCCAGGAAUUAUUUCCAAAGGAGGAGGAGCAAAAAGGAGGACACUGAUAAACACAAUUUGAGAUAACAUUUUAGAUUUCUGUGUCACUAACAUUAAUCUAGUGCCUUACUCAUUCUCAAGCAUUGAAUUUAAACAGUGAUUGACUGUAUGAGAAUAUGGCUGCUUACUGUGAAGUCCAAUAGGAUCUUCUGAUGGUCCUUCAGUUGAAAACUUGCACAUUAACUGACAUCAGCAGUUUUUAGGCAGCCUGCUAGCCUCCAAAUCAUGCAAGUUUGAUCACCACUGAAUCAACUCAUUGACUCACACUGUCAGGCAUCAACACUGCUGGCCUCUAUGGCACUGCAUUGGCCACUAGUAUAUCAAAUAAUUGAAUCACAGUCUAUAAAACCACUGGAGAGGCAGUGACCAUUCUGGAUUUUAUGCUCUGUAAAUGCCAUACUUCGAGCACCCAAAAAUGAUAGUAUAGUAAUGAAGCACUCUGCACAUGUCCCCACCAUUUUUAAAAAACCUUCCAAUGUCCUGUGGAACACAGAAUGAAAACUAAUAUUUUUAAGAACUCAAAGUAGUUUGACUUUUAAGAAAAGUUUUCAAAAAGUACUUUGACUUUUAGGAAGAUAAAGUAGACCCAGUAAAUGAAAGAACAGCGGGAAACAGCUUCUGUGUAGUUCUGGACACCACUUUUUCAUUUGGACUGGGUGUACACUGUUCUUCCUUUCAUUUCCGAUUGGGUUCAUAUCAAAAUGGGUCUGAUCACAUUUUGGCUGAUCUUGCCCUAUUAAAAAUGUGUUUUGUUACUGCUGUUACUAUUGUGUUAAAGUGCCUCGCUGAAACCGGAUCUGACAGAAACUCAUUUCCCACCAGCCUGUGGUUAUUUUGAAGUGAAUUUGACUCACUUUUGUGUUUCUGUUCAUUUUUAGAAAAUUUUAUUGAGCCAAAGCACAGUGGAAAAAAUUAAAAUAUUAUAAGAAUUUCUAGGUUAGAUCAGACCCGGGGUCCAUAUGUCUCAGUAAUUCUAUUCCAAAUCUGCUUUUUUUUUUUUUUUCAUAUCUAUGAUCAUUUGUGAGCUUCUCUGUUCAAAAUUCUUUCCAUUAUUUUCAAUAUUUAAAGAAUGUAAAAAGCUGCCUUCACUUGCAACAGUUACCUUCUGUAAUGAAAGACACUUUUCUGCUGGUUUUUAAAACUCAGUCUCUUAUAAACAGCCCCAUAUAUUGAGGAUGAAUGCUUGAUUUUUGGCUUUUCUAUACUUAUUUUCACUGAACUUGUAUACUUCAUUUAUAAAUCUAAGGAGAAAUAUAAUGUCCAUUUCACCUGAGGUAAAUUGACUAAAUUAAUCCAUAUUCAGCAUUUUGCCACUUGUUAUGAUUUAACAUCUUUUCUUUCCUGUUGGCAACCAAAUAGUUUUCAUUUUUGCAUUAUUGAUCUAAAUUUUUUGUAGACUUUUUAAUAGCCCUAAAGUCAACCCCAGUUCAUAGACCACCUUUCCCAUUUGAAGAAAUUCUCAUCUUUGGAUGAAUAAUGAAGAUAUUGCAUUUUAUAGUGACUUAGUAGAUAUUCUUCAGAAAUUUCUUGACCAUAUUUUCUAAUUUUUGACUUAUUAGCAGUCUUGUACUUACAGAGUUCUAAAAAGGAUCACUGAUCACCUAUGCUUUAUUGGCAGUUUGGUGAAAAGAAAUGAGAUACAAUAGAUUACUUUGCAUUUCCUUUUGCUAUGCUAAACAACUAAACUUCUAAUUCUGUUAUAAGCAGAAUAGAGUUGUACCUGGACAUAUCUAUAUACUAACCUUCAAAUCCCUAAAUAAAUUGGUGUGAUAAAGGGCUGAAUUUGAAUUCUCCAAACUUUCAUAUAACCAAAUGCUUGGAUCUUUUCAUUCUGUGAGAUUUUUUUCUUCUCAGCUUGAUCUUAGAAAUAAACCAGUGUCCCAUCAGUAUCCAAUCUGCCCUCCAUGUGAUAAAAGACAAAUGCAACUGAUCCAAUGAACUACGGCACCACCUCUGUGUAUCACUUGACAAAGCAUCUUUAAAACCCCAUUCCUAUUCUGUUAAAAAAAAAAAAAGAAAGAAAGUUUGUUUCCAAUAUGUAUUGGUAUUAAAUAAAGAAAUAAAUAAUAAUUGUUAGUGGAACAACCAUUGUAGAGUUCAGAUUUUACAUUCUGGCACAGUGACAGAGAAAGCAUUCAGUGUGACUAGAUGACAGUAAAGGCUACCUGUCCUUCUUACCCACCACACUUUCUUCUUUCCAGGAUGAAAUUCAUGAUUAAAUAUACUUAGUGUCUACUCAACAAAUCCACAUUGAAUCUCAGGUUUAGAAAAUAUCUUGAACUUCAUCCAAACCAACUAUUCCAAAUUCAUAAAUCGCCUUCUCAUUUAGCAAAAGUUGAGGUUCUACUCAAGUCAAACAUACUUGAAGUGUUUAGUACAGUGCCUUUUAUAAGACCCACAUGGAAUACAAUUUUAUGGAUUUGCUAAAGUAAUUUGGAUUUGAGGCAAGGUCUUUUUCUGAAAAAGUAUGCAUGCUCUGUCCAUAAGUGGGUGCCCUCUUUAUAAAGAGAAGGAAUAUAAAUAGGCAUAUUUUUUAAAACUAUCAUUGGAGAGUUUAGCAAAGGCUUAAUAAAGAAAACUUUCUGAGUCUGCAACAGUCAUUAAUAACUUGAUUUUUAAAGAGGUUUCUGAAUCCCACAAUUUUAUGUCUUUUACUUUGGACUAACAGUCUGAUGAUAGCCAACCAUAUGCAAAGAUUCUAAUUAAAUAAUAGUAAGAGUUAAGAUUUUGAUUUAUUUUAAUUUCAUACUAGAGAAAAAACUGUAAAGAGAAAUGUUCUCCUUUUUAAAAAAAUCAGUAUCUAGCUCUCAAAAACAUUCCUUUUAGCUUCAGACAUGUUACUGCCUCCCAUAAGGUAGAAUUCUGAGCUUCCUAUAAGACACAAAGACUGAUAACCAUAGUUUCUAAUCUAUAGUGUACUUACAUAGUAUAUAGCAGACUUUGGGAGUAUAACCUCAAUUUCCAGGAUUAAAAACACUGACAUUGUAUGUGACUGUCCAACAUUAAUGGGAAGUUCUUAAAAGCAAGUCAGAAAAUAUGAUCCAACAAUAUUCAUGUGAAUCAGAGCUUAACAUAUAAUUUCACUUACAUUUAUUUAAAAGUGCGGAUUAUCUGUUUCUUUAGAAAGUGUUAUUAAGGGUAAUAUCGCCCAAAAACAUAAUAAAGACAGCACCAUAGUUUCAAGGAAGUUAUGGUAUUGAAAAAUACUUUGAAUACACUUCAUGAGAAAAUGCCAUUGAGAGCAAAAAUUCCUUUGUUCUCAGCAGGAUAGUUUUUCUGGAGUCCUAGAGACAUCUUACCCAUAACUCCAGCAUGUACAGAACCAUGUAUUCUGUCAUUUGAACUAUCCAUGCUGGUCACAGCUAAUUGUAUCACAGUUGAAUUCCUGACUUGAAACAUCUCAGUCAUAGGUCAGGGGAUGGGCUAGGGAAAGAAUUAUACCCAGCAGUGAUGUUCUUGUGAAAUGGCUCUUGACACAAUUAGUCAGAGCCCUUCUUUGGGGAGUAUAAAUAUGAUAUAUAAAAGAUAAGUGAAUAGGAGCUAGAAAGACUUAGGUCACCCUAAUGGUACAACCUUUGAAUGGAAAUCACAACUACUUCUAGUUGGAAUGAUUAGAGUUUUUGUUCAUUCAGCAAAUCUGCUCUGAGGUUACUGAAGUGAUGAUUCCUGAACAGUGAAACUGGACUUUGUAGUUACUGAAUUACUUUCUUAUCUUCCUUACUUUCUUAUGUACUAAUACAAAUAAACUCACCUUA